ACCCGGAACCGUCUUUCAGGCAGCUGCCGCGUCGGACGGAUAUAGGAGCGGACCUCUGCUUGUUUACCUAUCAGGCUGUCAUAUCGGCUGUGCUGGCAUCUCUACUGGAGAUGUUACCGGCUCAAACAUCACUGGCCGAAUCUGUGGACGGGGAUGAGCUGAGGAGUGAGGACGGGGAGGAGAGGAAGGGCGAGAGACAAUGUAACAACUACUACUCCCUGUACAUCUAUCAGGCUGGGAGUGUGUCCCAACACUCAGCAGAUAAUGGGAGUCCAGGGACUGCUGCUACUGAUGAUACCCCAUCCGGGGAGAACUUCAGCCUGUCUUUGGUGGACACAAACCUACCAGCUGAAGCAGAGCCAGAACUCAAGAACUUUAUCGCAAAGCGUUUAUCACGGGGAGCCAUGUUUGAGGGGAUGGGUAACUUAGCAUCAGUGGAACUCAGUUACCUAGAAUACACGCUGGGCUGCUACUAUUGCCUGAUAGAACAAGACAAGCCGUGUCAAGCAAGUAACUCAGAGGCUGAUCUCCCCACCCUGGAGUAUGUUGUCUGCUUGCUCGGGGGCUCGGAGAAAGGACUGGAUCUCUUCAGAAUGGAGCUGGACCAACAUGUAAAAGGCCUGAAGACCAAGCUGAAGCCUCAGAUGAAUAACCUGGAGUCUGACAUCAGACCUUAUCUGAGCAGUUGGUUUGAAGAUUCUGUGUUGCCAAUCCACAGAGUGGUGAAUCUGUUCCAGGAAAAAUUUGCAUAUUUGUUGCAUGCGGCGCUGAGUUACAGUACUGUCGAAAUCAUAAAUUCUGAUGAGAGAACUCUGAAUGAUAUCAACAGGUUCCUGAGCUCAGCCAGUCUGCAGGGCCUAGUACAGGAAGGUACUAUGACGUCUCUGUGCAUCGCAAUGACCGAGAGACAGCAUCGAACAGUCACCGUGGAUUUCAGGGAUAAUCAGAUAGAACUUAUUAAUGCAGUUAGUAAUCGUUUCUGUGAGGACUGGAUGCACGUGUUCGUUAAUUGUUAUGAUGGGGGCAACCCCUUUCUCUUCCGGCAAAAACUGGAGAAUUUCAAGCUGAAGGCCAUUCAAGACAUGAACAACCUGAAGAGACUGAUCCGCCAGGCCGAAAACAGCCAUUAUGCACUGUUCCGUUGUUACACCUUCCUGAAGAACUGUGGUAACGGAAAUACUCUUCUGCAGAUCGUCAAGGUGGAGCAUGGUGAGAUGCCAGAGGCCAGCAGUGUGGUUAAAGUGCUGGAGGAGUUUAUCAAUGAAGAAGGCUUCUCCAUGCACAACUCCUGAUCUGUGUGUCAUGUCUGUGCUUCACGUGUUCUGUGUGCGUAAAAUGGAUUAAUGGUUCCUGCACAUCUCCAGGGCCUGUUUAAUGAUUGUGUCUGAUGUCUUUGGCGUUUUGGUGUAUGACGUUCCCUUCUUCCCUAGAUCUAGCUUCACAGAAUGAUUGCAGCGUGAAGAUUCUCUGGGUCAUUUCAGUUAGGGGCGUGUGGUGCAAUGGCACUUCUUCUCGCCCCAUCUCACCCUGGACUCACAGAUUUGUGUACACAGCUGUUUGGCAUAUAGCCGCACUUACAGCUAAUUGAAAUGACCCCUUAGUGUUAUUUUACCAGCUCACGUUCAUACACAGUCCAUAUAACUAUGUUCCAGAGCCCUGCUUCACAGGGUCAGUUCAAGUGAUCAUAGUGCCAGACUCCACUCACUGCUUCCAAUAGUGUUACUUUCUGUUAGGUGUAUAUGGGUUUUGAUAUAAAUGUGUACUGGGGUUUUUUUUUUCCAACCAAGAAACUAAUCUCAUUAAAUAUCUAUCUAACCACUAACUGCAGCUGUAUGUAGGCAAUACUUCACAGGCCCUGGUAACAUGAUUUCACAAGGCAUCCCAUGUAACCCUUCGAUUACUCAGAUGUCCGACGUUUACGCAGUUGAUCCAAUGUUACGUCUUCAGAUGCAGCAGCGGUUCACAGAAGCCGGCAGUGGGCGUCUUUUUACAUAAGACUCCUCCUGAGGCUUUUCUAUGUUUUAGCACAGCUGCUGGGUACAAAGAUGCAGCUGUGCUAAAAUAUACAAUCAGCCCCGCUGUUCUCAAACACACCAGCUUUAACUAUAGUUGUUAUUGUCAUUGGCUACAGCCAGAGAAGGAGUAACCUUCACAUACUGUAUUUUAUAGGUUGUGCCACAUAGCUGUAUCCUGUAGUCAGUGCUGGGUAAGGGGUUUAAUUUCCCCAGCGUUGCAUAGAAACGAAUACAGUUCGGUUCUGCUAGGGACAUCCCAGUAUCUAAACUGAUUGUAUCAUUUUAAGAAUAGGUUUUAAGUGUUUUAACAGUCCAGCAUGUUUACCUUGUAUUUGUGUUCUAACACUACAGCAUCAGGGCUGUCCUAACCGUAUAAUAGGCCCUGGGCAAUGCACUAGGGCCCCUACACGGGAUGGUAUCAGGAUCCCAGUGCUUGGGAUGCCGGCAGUCAAAAUACAGACAGCGAAAUCCUUAAGGUCAGACUCAACACGCUAAGGUGGUAAGGAGGUUAUCCCUAAUCCCUAACCCUCCUUACCCGCAGCCUGAUCCUAACCCUCCCCAGUGAUGGCUAAACCUAACUCCCCCCUCCCCGUGGCUUAUCUCUCUGGCGGGCCUCAAAUCUUCAUUCGGGAUCCUGGUUCCGGAAUAGUAAUCAAUGUCGGGAUUCCGGCGUCAGCAUUUCGACUGACGGGAUCCCGACUUGCCCUUCCUUCAGCUCCAUGCUGUCUUUCUACGUGCUACCAUACAGUGAAUGGCUGUCAACACUCUAAUUGGUGAUUAGCUCCAGCCAUCCACCAGUCGGCAUGCUGACAGCCAUUCACUGUCUGGCUGGGAGGCAGUUAGAGCAUCAUGCUUCGCCGUCUUGAUUGUGUAACCACCAGCCACCCCUGCUCAAAGGCCCAUAGAAUUGUGGGUCCCUGGGCAGCCACCCAGUGUGCCUGUCUGUACAUUAAGAUGGCCCUGUACAACAUGUUUACCUUUUUUUUUUCAGUUUUAAUGUUAGUGUUUGUGUCUGCUCGUCGGGGUGUAGCAACGUGUAAUAUGGAGACUACAUGAAGACACUUUUUUUUUUCUUUCUUUUUUUAAUUAUUAUUUCUUCCAUCGCCUAUGUUCUGCUUUGGGACAGUGACUUUUAAUUAAUAUAAAUGUUUAAUGUUAAUAUACCUUCUCAUGGAGAAAUGGAUGUUUACACUAAGUAGCCCCAAUAUAAUAUUAAUCUCAGAUAAUGGAUUGCCUGUCAAUGUUGAGGGUAUGUGAAGGAUGUUAUUGACCGUUUCAGCCACUGACAUAACCUGGGGUGAGACUCUAAGCAACGUGUAAUCGUGGUUUACUUUUUAUUAACAAAAAACCCACACCAUGCAUCACCUAAAUAAAUGUUAUGCUACCAUGUGUAAGCUAAUUGUGGGUAUUCCCGUUCCUUCACUGAGGGUCAUUGACAAGUUAUUCAAAUGUGUAUAUUCAGGUGUUUUAAUAUGCAGACACUUUAUAUUAUUGUUGUUUAUGUAUAGAUUAUUUAUUGCUGAAGGAAGGAAUGCAGAUUUACCCGUAUUACUACAGUAGGUCAUCUAUCUUUUUCCGCACAAGGCGCUCUACAAAACACAUUCCACUGAAAUAUGAACAGUUCCCAUUAGAGCAUGGUUUCUUGACGCUUCUGUGUCUUGAAUCCUUUACUUACCAAGCAACCCCUAUAGAAGUACCCCUGGAAUUUGCACGAUGUCUCCUGGAUUUCGGAUAACACUGGAUGGCAAACUUUGCUUUAAAAAAGUUGAAUAAUCCAUUUCAAGGCGUUUUUAUUAGAAAGACGUUAUUUUUUGUGUGUCCACUCGGAGACGGUCACUGUGACCAUACAGUCUUUGUCAUUGUAUCAUUCUAUGUGUAAUAUGUGGAGGUUAAUAACUCGGUCUAUUUUAUGCUUGGAGUUGGGUAGUUUUAAAACGCCAGUAACUGUUUCUGUAUUUAUAAAUACUGCAUUUACAAUAACUAGUAGCAUUGGUGAUAAAUGAAGGAACGUUGAAUACAUUUCAUGGCUGAUUACCACGUACAGAUAUGUCAGGAAAGCAAAACAGCUGCCCCGAUGUGUUUGUGUACCGUGUGUGCCCAGUCUCGCCAAGCCAGCUGUGAACCUGGGAUGUGCACACACUGUAUCUUUGCAUUAACAUAAAUUAGCAUAUGAUGUAAUAUGUAAAUUGCAGCCUCAUUGUUUAAGUUUUUUGAGGUUCCAUUAAUGUUAUAAUAUGAAUUACUGCCUUCCUAUGUUCUUUACUAAAUAAAGCUGCAUUGUUGGACAA